AUAGCACAGUCGCUGACUGCGGAAGCAAGGGCCGACAGGUAGCGCUAGUUAACAGCUGAAACCGCGGACGCGCUGCCAAUAGUCAUGUGCUUGAUUUACAUUGUGAUAACUGGUGACUGCAAGUUUUAAAUAGUGAUGUGCUAACUAAGGAAUGGCCCACGAUGCGAUUCAGAUGAAAGGAAUAUUUACAGACAAGUCAGUGAACAUGGCGGAUACCAUGGUAAAUGAAGACAACGGACAUGUAAAAGAUGGCAACCACAAUGCGAAGGAUCGUUGGGGUAAAUUGAAGUCUGCAAUGUCAAACGCAAACACUUUACAGAUAAAAAAGACUAGAAGAGUCCGCCGGGAUGACUCAUUUCUACGAAAGUUCUCUACGCGGCCUCAGUUUGAAAACUCUAUUUCAGAGUCUGAGCAGCUCAGUGGCUCGAUACAUUCAGAUAACAAGAAACACAUUGCUGUAAAACCAUUUGUAGUCCACCCUUCUGGUGACGUGAUGUUCUAUUGGCUGGGAGCUGUAACAUUGGCAGUGUUGUACAAUUUGUGGACGUGCAUUGCUAGACAAGCAUUUCAUGAAAUACAGAAACGACAUGUACUAAUCUGGUUGUGUUUAGACGGCGUUGCAGACUUUGUGUACUUGUUGGACAUUGGUGUCCAGUUUCGAACUGGCUUUCUCCAUCAGGGACUAAUAGUGUACGACUAUAAAAAGUUAUGCAAGAAUUAUAUAAACAACAAAUGUUUUAUAAUAGACAUUGUCAGCCUUGUUCCACUCGACUUACUUCAGUUUUAUAUUGGCAUCCAACCGAUGUUGCGUUUUCCAAGAUUCUUGAAGGUGUACAGAAGUAUCCGAUUCAUGCACAUGUACGAAUCCCGGACAGGGUAUCCGAAUCUGUUGCGGGUCGCUAACCUCUCUCACAUUCUGUUCUUGGGAUCUCACUGGUUCGCAGCAUUUUAUUAUCUUAUUUCUGAAGCAGAAGAUUUCCAAGAAGGUUGGGCUUAUCCCAAGCCAGAAGGCGUGUAUGCACAUGUAACACGGAAGUACCUGGCCUCGCUUUAUUGGUCGACCCUGACACUGACCACCAUUGGGGACUUGCCCCCACCGGACACAAACUGGCAAUACACCUUUGUUAUCGUGAGUUACUUGAUCGGAGUGUUCAUUUUUGCUACAAUUGUUGGCCAAGUAGGGAGCGUAAUCACAAACAGAAAUGCCAGUCGCCAAGAGUUCGAACGACUUUUGGAUGGCGCAAAGUUUUACAUGCAGAUGCACAAUGUGCCGUCCGACCUUCAAAAACGCGUACAGAGGUGGUACGACUAUGUCUGGACUAGAGGACGUUUGAAUUGCCAUGACAUCAACUCCCUGGGCCUCCUUCCUGACAAGUUGAAGACAGAAUUAGCAUUACAUGUGAACCUCGGAACGUUGAGAAAGGUGACGAUAUUUCAAAAGUGUAAACCAGAAUUCCUACACGACCUGAUGUUGAAGAUGAAAGCUUACAUUUUCACACCCGAGGACUUGAUAUGCAGGCGGGGUGAAGUGGCGAGAGAGAUGUUUAUUAUCGUAGACGGCGUCGUGGAAAUAAUGGGGGAUAAAGGCACAGUUUUGACGCAGAUGAGCUCAGGGGACUUCUUUGGAGAAAUAGGAAUAUUAAACCUAAACGAUGGAGUAAACAGACGCACUGCAGAUGUGAGGUCUGUGGGUUACUCCGAGCUGUUUGUGCUGUCAAGGGAAGACGUUCUGGGCGCACUUAAGGAACACCCAGACGCAGAGGUAAUAAUCCGCGAAUAUGGACAUAGGCGUUUGAAAGAAACUGAAAAACACCGCCAACAAGCUCGGAGCGCCCCAGGAUCGCCAGACUUGGUUCAAGUGAAUGGAACAACAAAUAAAAUCCACAGUAAAACGGACAUGUCGUCCAGAAAGUAUUUGAAUAAGUUAAAAAAAAUGCCUCCAGGAGUAAGAAAAUUCUUUAGUCUUAAAAGCAGGUGUUUCUCAAAGGCUUCACAUUACACUCAAAAUGGGAAAUGGGCAUACCACUCUUCCAUUAAAAACGCGUUCUACGGAGAAACGUCCAACAGAGGCGUUGACAAUUUAAACAGAGGUCAAAAACCGGCGGGACCUUUAGAUAUUGAACAGGACCGAGAGCAAAAUGAUGUUACAAAAUCAAAACCUCCGUGCAGCCCUAAAAUCGCAGAUUUGGUGCUAUCCAUAUUCAAUAAGACACGGCGCAGAAGUGGCUAUAGCUCUGUAGAGACGGAUGACAAUGAUAAUGAAGCAAUAGAGAAAGAAAGGCAUUCGAACCCGAUGACCAAUUCGGCCGAAGACUACACCGGUCCUCUAGCAAAUAGUUUUUCUCAGGAAAAAAGGAGUCUGUCAAACAUCACAAACUCUCGAAAUUUAUCAUUUAAUAGUAAAACCAAUCGCGAUUUUAGCAAGAAAUCUUCCCCAGUCAGUUCUGCCCCGAGUAUAAUUCUAACACAGGACACUGACGAUACAUCAAGCAGCGAAAGUGACGAAGAGAUUCCUCGUGCUCCUUCUACACAGUUCAAUCAUCCUAAGAGGUCGUAUGCUAGGAACAGCAUUCCUUGUGCCAUGCCAGUGGACUCCUGUGAUCGGAACACACCUACAAUGUCUCCGCGGAAAUACAGCAUACCCCCUCGUCUUGACCUACCGAUCGACGUGCAUCCAUUCCGUAGAGGUUCGGUACACAAUACGUCAGACAUACAACUGUGCCUGGAGGGGUUGAAAUUUCACAUAGAAAACAGACUGGAUUUGCUGGAAGCAUCAUGUAAAGACACCAAACUGUUGCUUAAAAAGUCCAUGGCGGCCCAAGAACAGUUCAUGACUCUUAUCAUGAACUCGAUAAAGACGGAGAAGAAUACGGUAUCCGGGUCACCAAGUUAUAAAGUAUUGCCUGAUCACAAUGAGAUGCGACGAAGUCAAGACUUAGCAGAACAUGUGGAGAAACAAAGUAUUAAAACUAAUGAAGAAGAUGCGUCUUGCAAUCGGCCAACUGCGGACAAAUAUGCGAUAACAUACAACGAAUCUGGAGAUGGUUUCUCUACGGUUCAUAACAUACAGUGUAGAAUCAAAAAGAUAGACAGCUCUAACAAUGAUGAUCCGUACAAAUCUGGGAACUCUGCUUCCGAACUCUAUAUAACUCACUUGUAAAACAAUGUUUUACCUACUGUGACAUACUUUAUUGUUUGAGCAAAUGCUAUGGUUAAUCCCCGUAUUCAUAGUGCAAAACGCCGCAAUAAAAGAUGUUGAUCGGAACAUGUUUCCGUUUGUGAAUCAGUAAUGUACUGAGAAACACAUACAGAUAGUAUGUUCACAUAAAAAAGAACCGGAUUUCACUUGAUCGAAGCUCUUAUUCCAUUUAAACUUGUAUAUAACACUACCGAGGCUUAAUUGCCGCUGCAAAAUAUACAUAUGUAUAUCAUUUAAUUGUUCGCCAUAUUAUUCGGUAAAAGACAACCUUUUGUAUGUUAUUGUGUACGUGUCAUGUGUAAGGCAUUUUGAAUAAACGCUCGAUCUUUU